UCAGGAGAAAUUAAUAACGAAGCAUCUAUUUAUUCUCUUGUGAUUGAGAAUGCUCAAAGGAAUGACUCAGGUCUGUAUUACUGUGCAGCUAGAAAAUCUUAUGGAACGCCCCUCGUUUUUGGAAAUGGCUCGAAAUUGCUCAUAGCGGGUCCAUCAAACACACUGAUGUUAUCCCCACCAAGGAAUGACAUUUUUCAGAUGGAAGUUGUCCCAUUGAUUUGCUUAGUUAAAAAUGUCAAAUCCAAAACGCUCGACAUCCAUUGGAAUACUUCCACAUGGAAUGCUGUGGUUUGGAUGGUUACAUGGACAAUGGACGCCACUGGGGCAUACAGCAUCAUGAGCCAUAUAAGAGUCCCAAUAGAAGUUUGGAAGCAUGGUGUUGUACAUGGUUGCUCAGCUCAAAACAACUCGAAGGAAAUUCUUACCAGUGAAAGUGUUUCACAAAAGAAAGAAGCACUACAUCCUGUUUGUCUUUUCAAGAUUUACGGGAGUUUGUUAGCGAUAAUCUUCCUCCUUCUUGUACUGACUAUUAUAACGGGAUGGGGAUUCAGGAAUCGGCAUUCAGCAGGAAACUGGAAAACUGAUGUGCGACCACGUGGGCAAACACAGGAGACUGUCUACGCUCACUUGACAUUUAUUGAAGAUCCGAAGUUCUGAUGGAAAAGAGAAGGAAGUAUUUAGAUGUAUAUGUGCAUGAGCAGUAUGUAACCAAGCCAUUGUCAAAAUCCCUGUGCUGGAUCUGUCACCUUACGUGAUACUUUUAUUCAAGAUGUCACCCCAUUAAUUUAUAUGCCACCAUAAGCGUUUUAGGAAUUGAGGCCUAGGUCCUGACCAUCAUCGGAUAAAAUUCUUUACUGUUGCACCAUCCAAAUCAUUCAACCUAUUUUUAAGCUUAAACUUACUGUCUCAACCAC